GCCAAAAGUAUUCCUAGAAAACAGGAAAUGGGAAAAGAAAGUGAAAACUGGAAACAGGCUUCAGUAUUCCCAAUAUUAUCUCCAAAAAGCUGAAACUAUUGAAUCCGGAAGUGAUAAAUAGGAAGUAGACCAUAGAGGACAAUAAUAAGGUUACACCCAGAGCAAGGAAAGCUUCGGUGGCGAGGAAGGGAGCCGGGUGCGAUGGCUUUCCCCGAGCCAAAGCCACGUGGCCCGGAGCUGCCACAGAAACGGUUGAAGACAUUGGACUGCGGGCAGGGGGCUGUGCGAGCCGUGCGAUUUAAUGUGGAUGGCAAUUACUGCCUGACUUGCGGCAGUGACAAGACCCUGAAACUGUGGAACCCGCUGCGGGGGACGCUACUGCGGACAUACAGCGGCCACGGCUAUGAGGUGCUGGACGCGGCCGGCUCCUUUGACAACAGCAGUCUCUGUUCUGGCGGCGGGGACAAGGCCGUGGUGCUGUGGGAUGUGGCAUCAGGGCAGGUCGUGCGAAAAUUUCGGGGCCAUGCUGGGAAGGUGAACACAGUGCAGUUUAAUGAAGAGGCCACAGUUAUCCUGUCUGGCUCUAUCGAUUCCAGUGUGCGCUGCUGGGACUGCCGCUCUCGGAAACCUGAGCCUGUACAGACGCUGGAUGAAGCCAGGGAUGGCAUAUCCAGUGUGAAGGUGUCGGACCAUGAAGUCCUGGCAGGCUCCGUAGAUGGCCGGGUGAGGCGCUAUGACCUGAGGAUGGGACAACUCUUUUCAGACUAUGUGGGCAGCCCCAUCACCUGCACCUGCUUCAGCCGGGACGGGCAGUGCACCCUGGUGUCCAGCUUGGACUCCACGUUGCGGCUUCUAGACAAGGACACAGGGGAGCUGCUGGGCGAGUACACAGGCCAUAAGAACCAGGAGUACAAGCUGGACUGCUGCUUGAGCGAACGUGACACACAUGUGGUCAGCUGCUCUGAGGAUGGGAAGGUGUUCUUCUGGGACUUGGUGGAGGGUGUCCUGGUGCUGGCCCUGCCCGUGGGUCCCAGUGUGGUGCAGUCACUGGCCUACCACCCCACGGAGCCCUGCCUGUUGACCGCCAUGGGGGGCAGUGUCCAGUGCUGGCGGGAAGAGGCCUAUGAAGCUGACUGAGGGGGGCGCAGGCUGAAGCCAGGGGACCCACUACCAAGGACACAGAGAGAGAGACCGCCUGAGAAGGACCACUGAGACCAUUUAUUCUAGAGAUGCUGUUGACCAGGGAGUGGGGGAGAGGCUGGCUGGGUCUGCAAACUAAUAAAUAGAGGAGGGGUGAGGCCUCCCUGGGGCUGCA